CAAAAAAAUAUCAUUCGCCCCCGCCUCGGCAAAUCCUAGAAAAAUAUGAAGCUUCAUUUUCGUCAUCAGGUGAAAUAUAUUGCCCCUCGCAACUUCAAUCUUUCACAAUGAUAAAUAUAAAUCCUCACUUAUGACCGAAAACCAUGCGCGCAUCUCCCCCGCGCUUGUCGAGACAAUUGCUGGCCUCUCGGCCGGUACAGCAUCUACUCUAGCUGUUCAUCCUCUUGAUGUUAUCAAAACGCGAUUACAAAGUAACUUUAUACCCCUUCUCGUCCUUCACGAAUCGCAUAUUUCUAACACCCACCAGUUCACCGCAGUGUAUCGCGCACACCGGCUAGUGGCCUCACCAUCUUCCGCAGCCUAACUAAGCAACCUCAACCUCUUCAAAGUCUCUACCGCGGCCUAACUCCCAAUCUCACAGGCAAUGCCAGCAGCUGGGCUCUUUUCUUCUACUUCAAAAAUAUCUUCGAAUCCUCACUCCGCUCUUUCCACAACCAGCGUUCAGAUUCCAGUUAUGUACCACUCACGCCCCUUGACUAUUUUCUUGCGUCCGGCUCGGCCGGUAUCAUGAUUACCAUCUCUACAAAUCCAAUAUGGGUGCUCAAAACCCGAAUGCUGAGUUCGGAUCGCGGAGCUAAGGGCGCUUAUCAGAGUAUGUGGCAUGGUGCUAGACAUGUAUGGCAAUAUGAAGGAAUACGGGGUUUUUAUAGAGGGGUUGGUGUUAGUUUAUUGGGUAAUAGUCAUGGAGCUGUUCAAUUUGCUGUUUAUGAGCCUCUGAAGAAUUUCUGGCGCAAUCAUAUUUCUCACCAGAUUUUGAGAGGGGAUAGAGAAAACUCUCAGGUUAGAUUGGGGAAUACGGCGACGCUUUUAAUAAGUAGCUCAGCGAAGAUUAUUGCGGGGACGGCGACGUAUCCGUAUCAGGUUGUGAGAAGUAGGUUACAGACUUAUGAUGCGGAAGAGAGAUUUGGGAGGGGGAUUAGAGGGGUUGUGGGGAAGGUUUGGAGAGAGGAGGGAUGGAGGGGUUUUUAUAGGGGCUUGGGGACGAAUGUUGUAAGGGUUUUACCAGCUACUUGGGUUACGUUUUUGGUGUAUGAAAAUGUUAGAUUUUAUUUGCCAAGGUGGUGGGGCGGAGAGGGGAGGGAGUAAGAUACGGAAUUGAGGAGGGAGGGAUAUCUACAGGACAUGUUGUGUUUGUAUUGUUUGUAAACUAUUACCCAAACAUUGGGAUUUGGACGAGAUAUGAAUCGGUGUACCAU